GCGGGCAGCAUGCAUCACAAGUUGUCCUUGCUGUUAAUGUUGUAGGUUACGUUUCGUAUGUCAUUAUAAGACAGCUUUAGUAGAAAUUACAGAGGCAUUAUAGACACUUGCAUCGUUAUUGUACAAGACGUAACCCUCUCGAGUUCUGGAUAUAUACAGUGUUUUAAAGGGUUAGCUGAGGCCUAGCAGUUAGCUAAUGUGACAUUUCACCAAAGUCUGCUGGAACAUUCUCAGAUGACACAGACUCUCAACUGGUAAGUGUCCAUUGGAAAAACACACUUCAUCAUCACAAUGACCGUUCAGGAAGGAGAGGGAUGGGGAGGCUGUAACCUGUCGCCUCACCUGCACACGGAUGAGUGUAAUGAGCUAAUAACUCGUUUGAAGCAGUGCCACACAGAGCAUAAUGUCAUGAAGUUCUUUGGUACAUGUAAUGAUGUGGACCGUGCAAUGCGCCAGUGCCUGAAAAAAGAGAGACUGGAAAAACGGGAGCGGAGCAAGCAACAUGCGCUUGAGAUGAAAAAGAGGCUGAAAGAAGGCCCCAAGGAGCAGAUCUGAAAGACAUUUCACUGUAACCUUGCCAGUUUAAAGUAUUCUGGUUUUGGGACACUGAAACAAGCACAGUGCUGUGUAACAUGUCUCUCUUACUGUUUUUGGGUCAAAAGAGGGGAAGGGUUGUACCAGCUGUCAUUUUGUGUGGCUUAUAUUAGCACUGACAGAUGUAACAGACAGAAUGUAAAUUAACAGUGUCUGUCAAUAUGAAAUAUUGACAGACACUUGACUUUCUGGCAGCAGAACUUUAACAGAAAAACUGCAGCAUCUAGUACUUUGGCUUAAAAAUUACUGUCAGGGAUCAUCAUUUAUUUCCCCUCAAUUUGCAGUACGCUGCUGCUCCAUCAAAGAGAUAAGCUGGUAGCAGAACCCUUUCAUCUGACCGUUGUUAGUUGGCAGGACACCUCAGGAAUAUGCUGGUACCUGGUUUAUUCAUGAAAACAAUGAGAGUCCAUUUCAGAGAUGUGUGUGAAAAAGACCUAAAACAGAAUGACCAGAGGCUGGAUUACUCUCAGUGUGACAUUCACCCAUUGUUGUUUGAAAGUUUAUUUGAAUCAGGAAUCAUAUUGAUUCGUGACAGGUUUAAUUUCUUUCAAAUAAAGUGUGAUUACUAAUUAAUAA